AUGUCGCCACAUGUCUCGGAAAUCUCAACUAUCUUAUCUAUAGCUGGUUCGGUUUUGGGGGAAUCAAAGCCACGAAGGAGGAGAAAGAAGAACAGGGAAGAUGAUAAUGAGUCGGGUAGUGGCAUAAUGAUGAUGAUGAGAAAGAGAAAGCUCAGUGAAGAACAAGUAAACCUUCUUGAGCUAAGCUUCGAUCACGAACAUAUGUUGGAAUCCGACAGAAAAGACAGACUUGCAUCUGAACUUGGGCUCGACCCACGUCAGGUGGCUGUUUGGUUUCAAAACAGAAGAGCUCGAUGGAAAAGCAAGAAGCUUGAAGAAGAGUACUGUAGGUUGAAAUCUGUACACGAAACCACAGUCUUGGAGAAGUGCAGACUCGAAAUUGAGGUAUUAAAGCUGAAACAACAGCUAUCAGAAUCAGAAAAAGAGAUCCAGAUAUUAAUGGAAAGCAAUAGUAGCAGUACUACUACUGUUACUACUGAUCAAGGAAGUUCAUAUAAUUUCUCAAUGGCUCAACCAUUUCUUGGGUUACAAGGGAUGGAAGAUGAUUUCGAUUGGUCCAAUUCAUUUUCAUUUUACCAAUCUUAAUUAUUAAACUAAUG